AUGUCGUCGCAGCCUGCUAACGAUCUCAGCCUUUCCACUUCUACGUCGCCAUUCAACGGACGGAACUCGGCUACUCCUAGCUCGCCCACUUCGCAACAGCGUCCACCCUUCUACGCACGAUUCAGCCGUCGUCCCAGGACAUCGAGCAACGCAAAUCAGAGCCCGUUUGCUGCUAGCACCUCCAACCUCCUUGCAUCGUCCAACGGCGGCUCUGGCUUUGCGAGCCUCAUCAGGAGCUCCUCUUCCUCCCAAGUGCAUCUCCCUUCACCGACAGACCACGCAACCACCGCCUCUCCCGAGCGCAACGCUUCUCGUCCCUCUCGCAUCUCUUUCCAGACACGACUCAGCUCCCCGAAUCUCGACAGCAUCCCCCAGGCUUCCACCAUGACCAGCACCAACGCCUCUGCAACAAACGCCAGCAGCGGCGCCGGCGGCGGCGGCGGCACCGGCAGCGCACUUGGUCGCAUGUUUCGCCGUUAUAGUCAGAGCGGCAACGCACGCUCAGAAUCACAACGAUCCACCACACGUGAUCGCGACUCUUUCAACAUGCCUCGCAACACAAGCUCGCCUGCUCUCGACAGGGAUACGGGCAGUCCUAUGCGUGUCUCGACAAACUCGGCAGUAGCUUCUCCUGCUCUCGCACGCUCCGGCUCGCAUGCCGCCAACCUUUCUACACCGAUUUCCGGCGAUACCACCGCGGCCAUCACUGGCUCUCGCACUUUGGCCUCUAUACCCUCGGCGUCGGCAGCAGCAUCUCCAGCAUCCGGAUCACCUGCUGUGGCAGCAAGUGCAACUGCAUCCACGCAGACGCAACCAUCAUCUCAGGACGCCAAUAGUGCACCUCGACUCACUCAGACCACGCCGGAAGCAGCCUCGACCGAUGCCGCAGCUCCAGGUGCCUCGGCCUCUCCGGCCAGCACUCGCCCUCUGAACGGCAUGCACCGUAUUCGACUCGUGCCGCAUCUUGAGGCCACCCGGUCGCUCCACUUUGAACCCAUCGAGCGUGACCUCAAGGAAGGCGCCGGUGCCGUCAAAGUGGGUCGCUUCACCGAUCGGCAGCCCUCGCAACGCGAUCCCAUUGCGUCCACCCUCGCUGGCGUCGUCAACGAAGCCACCUCGUCCGGUGAGUUUGGCACCUUGGCCGCCCCGGCACAGUCGACGCGCGGUCAACCCGGUGCACGAGGUGGAGCCAUCCCCAUCAGCGGCAGUCACGGCGGUGGUGGCCGCAUCGAUUCUUCCAGAAUCGCGUUCAAGAGCAAGGUCGUCAGUCGAGGCCAUGCAGAAAUCUGGUGCGAGCCUGGUGGGAAAUUCUUUAUCCGAGACACCAAGUCCUCUUCCGGCACUUUUCUCAAUCACAUUCGUCUGUCUGGACCGAAUCUCGAGUCCAAGCCGUUCGCGAUCAAGGAUGGUGACGUCGUUCAGCUCGGUGUUGACUACCAGGGCGGUACCGAGGAGAUCUACCGUUGCGUCAAGAUGCGCGUCGAGCUCAAUCGAGGUUGGCAGCGCGAGGCGAACCAGUUCAAUGUCAAUGCCUUCCGUCAGCUGCGUGCGUUGCAAGGUACACCGCUCUCACCACCCACCGAGGACAAGGGCAAAGUUGCGUCGACCGCCUUGCCCACCAACCGUCAGAGUGUGAGCGUCACCGACUGCUGCAUCUGCCUCUUUUCGGUCACUGUCUGUCAGGCGCUGUUCAUCGCUCCUUGCUCGCACGUGUUCCACUACAAGUGCAUCCGGCCCUUGCUCAACCUGCAUCAUCCCGGAUUCUCCUGUCCGCUGUGCCGCACGUUUGCCGACCUAGAUGCGGAUGUCGAGGAGGACGAGGCGUGGCAGGUGGCGCUCGAGCAGGAAGCAGCUGCCGCAGAGGCACGCCUGGCGCUGGGCAAGCAGCCGCUCGAGGUGGGGACGCCCGCCGUCGAGCUGGAUGCCCCCAUCGCUGCUGCUAUGGCUCCGACCCUGACCACCGCGCUUCUCAAUGGCGAUGUGGGCCGCGAAUCGACCGCGCCCAGGCUGCCAUUCACUGCAACUGCUUCACCGCUGCUGGCGGAUCUGCAGACAGGGCAUGCAGCUCCACCGAGGGGCACCGCCGCUUUGAGCAGGCGCAAGAACGAUUGGGCCCGUCCAGACACAGCUGUGGGCUCGAGUGCUGGGCCUUUGGCUGGGGACGAGACGUUUGCGGUAAUGGAAAGCCAUGCGGAAACGGCUGGCCUGUCGGCAGAGCUCGGCGAGAUGAUGGUGACAGAUCGACUAUUGAACGAGAAUCCGGCUGCAAAUGUCGGCACGGCAGCGUCGCUCCAUCGCGCCGCUCAUGGCGCGAGCGAGACUGGCUCCCCUUUGCGCAGAGGAUCGGGCCCCAUCGCCAUCGGCAACAGCGACCGUGCCAUGCAUGGCCAGAGAGCGACACCAUCAUCGUCGGCUCUGACCGGACCUGCUGCACAGGGCAGUUUGGACGAAGGUUGGCCUACCGUGGGCACAGUCGGCGGCUUUUCACCCGGUCUCGACGAGUCGGGAACGCCGCUCAACAGUACAUUUCUGAGCACGCUCGCCGAGGCGCCUCAGGUGGGAUCUGCGAACCACUCUCCUUCGUCUGGGCGGGAUUUUCCGCCAGGCCGAUCGGCACCGGCCAAAACACCAGUGCCGGCCAUCAUCACAGCGGGGACGAGCCGUCCUCGACUCGGUGAGGAUGGCGCGAACGACGCCCAAUUCGCUGACCCCGUGGGAGCGCGCACAAAGAGGUCAAGCGGCGAAGGGGGUGAAGACGUGGAUACAGCCGAGGAGGAGAUGGGAGGUCCAGCGACGUUCGGCGGCGCCACUCUUGGCAGUUCGGGCGGCGCAGGACCUGCCAAAGGCAAAGCGAAGGUGGAUGGUCAAACUUUGACGUUUGCAGGUGAUGUGCAUCACGAUCUGGUGAAAACCGGCGAUGGAUCCGUUCAAGUGCCGCACAAGGUCGGCGGACAAGCAACUCCAGCUUCCGGCGACUUCGGCGCCAAGUCGACUGGCGUCCGUGGAUACAGUCGCAGCAGGAGCCGAAGCCGAAGCGGUCGCGAUGCCAUGCAGAGCGAUUCGGACGAUCAGGAAGCAGCGCCCUUCCAGUCGUACGAGCUCCCGCCUGUGCCGCGGACAGGCCCCAACCUCAACGCGAGCGCGUACAUGCACAACAGCCCCGGUGGUCAGAGUCACUCUGGCAACGGAGGCAGCGCAAGGCAGACGGGCGGCAAUGGUGGCAAUGCCGAAAACGUGUCGUCGCCCGCUUCACCGGCUUCAGAGAGCAAGAUGGCUCGGCUCAAGAGACGGAUUUCCCAUGCCAUGUGA